CGCUGGCACAAAAAAGCACAAGACGUGACCACUUUGUCUCACAACAGCCCCAGCGAGGAGCAAACAACAUCAAGCACAAUGGCUCGUCGGUGGUUCCACCCAACAAUCUCGGGCCUGGAUGCCGAGAAGCUGCUGAAGCAGUAUGGCAAGCAUGGCUCCUUCCUUGUUCGAAGCAGCCAAACCAACAAGAACGACUACGCCCUCUCCGUGCUUCGUGGCGACUCCGUGCUGCACGUCAAGAUCCAGAACACAGGCGAUUUCUAUGACCUGUAUGGCGGCGAGAAGUUUGCCAACUUGUCAGAGCUCAUCUCAUACUACACACAGGAGCACAACACGCUGAAAGAGAAAAACGGCAAUGAGAUUGAGCUGCUGGACCCCCUCCUCUCGGAAGACCCGACAUCAGAGAGGUGGUUCCACGGCAACCUGUCGAGUCGGGAGAGCGAGGAGGCGCUGAUGCAGCGCGGGCAGGACGGCUCGUAUCUCGUGCGCACAUCCUCCAGCCAGCCCGGUCGCUACGUCCUCACCGUCAGGGUGAAGAACGAAGUGACGCAUAUCAUGAUCCGUGCCGGUCGCGGCGUGUAUGAUCUUGGUGGCGGACAGCAGUUCUGCGACCUCGCUUCCCUCAUUGAGCACUACAAGAAGCAUCCGAUUAUUGAGGCCAACAGCCGCGUGGUGAAGCUGGUGUACCCCUUCAACGCAACCCGCCUCACCCUCUCCGCCAUCGCAGGCAGAUUCGACGAGCUCUCAAAGGAGUCUGACGAUGUUGGGGCGCGGGCCGGGUUCUUUGAAGAAUUCGAGCAGUUGCAGCAGAUGGAGGCACAGUUUCUCGAGAAGCCGCGCAUUGAGGGCACCCGUCCAGAGAACAAGCCCAAGAACAGAUACAAAAACAUCCUCCCUUACGAUGAGACGCGUGUGAAGUUGCGUGAUGUCGGACCGGAAGUUGGCGCCGAUUACAUCAACGCGAAUUACGUCAACGGCGAGGCUGCUGGCACCAACCACGCCUACAUUGCGUCACAGGGCUGCAUGCCCACAACCGUGCCCUCCUUCUGGCAGAUGAUCUGGGAGAACGAUGUUCACAUUGUGGUGAUGGUGACGAAGGAGGUUGAGCGCGGGCGCCACAAGUGCACACGCUACUGGCCUGACAACGCCGGGGACAGCGCCGACUACGGCGGCUUCCGCGUGCUGAUGCAGGCCGAAGAGGACAGGGGCCCUUUCAUUAUCCGCACCCUCGUCGUCCAGAAGGGCUCUGACCCUGCGCGGACGGUGUAUCAGUACCACUACACCAACUGGCCGGACCACGGUGUUCCCGACGAUGCAGAGAUUCUCAGCCUUCUCCUCACGGUCCGCGAACACAAUAAAGACGUCAAGGAGAAGAGCCAGCGUCCUGUCGGGCCCCUCCUCGUCCAUUGCAGUGCUGGUAUUGGGCGAACGGGCACCAUCAUCGUCAUCGACAUCAUCAUGGACAAGAUUGAGCAAGAAGGCACUGGGAUUGAUGUUGACAUCCAAAAGAGCAUCCAGGGGAUCCGUGCACAGCGCUCUGGCAUGAUCCAGACGGCGGCGCAGUAUCGGUUUGUGUACAAGGCGAUCCUGGACCACAUCAACAACCUUCGCUCGGUGAUGGAGGGUGGUGACGUGACGACAGACCGACAACUGUACGAAGACCUCGUCCUCCGCCAGAAGAAAUUCUGACCCACAACACCUUUCUCGUCUUCUGCGACUGCGUCUGUGCUUUGGCACGCGCGCGCGCGCGUGUGUGUGCGCGCGCGUGUGUGCGUGUGCAUGUGUGUGCGUGUGUGUUUGCAUGUGUGUGCGUGUCUUGGUUUGCCUUGUUCUCUACUUCCUCCUCUUGUGCGUCUGCAUUGAAUGAACCAACACGACGUUGAUGGAGGA